CCUAAACCUGAUAGAGUAGACACAACACAAAGCCGUUUAUGGUAGCUCUACUUUUGUUCCUCAGAAAUUGAUGCUGCAUUAGGAAAAAGUUGAUGAUAGCUGUAAUUUGAGCAUAUUCUCCUUUCCCACCUCCCCUUUCAAAAUUGCCACUUUCCAGCCACAAGACACACGUCUCUUAUCCUGGGUCUUAGCGUGGUAUAACACCCUCUGGUGGGACGGCCUCGGGGGGCCAGCCGGAUGAACAAUUUGAACUCUACUGCUUUCAUUAAUUAUACAUUAAUAAUUAUUAUAAUAACGUAUUCUAGAAUAAAAUUUUGACCAUUUAGGGAGGGAUACUAAAGUUUUAUCCUAAAAUAUCCAUUUUUUUUAACAUGUGGGAAUUUAUCCCGUUGUGCAACUGUUCAGACUUACAGUGAAAAAAACUAGAAGCCAAUUUAAAACCAUGCAGAGCUGUAUACUUUGUGAAAAUCUUCAACAGGCCAUGUGACCAAGGCUGUUUAAGACGAAUGAGUAACCUUUUGGCAACCGAGUGAGGCAGGAUCAAGGUGUAGAAGAAUGCCAGGUUAGCGUCCUGGGCAAAGCUGAGCCUGCCGAGCCAGGACAAUGUUUAAAAUACUGGUGUCUAGACUUGCUAUUUUUGGAUAAGAAAUCUGUUUUCAGUAAAGCUCUCCCACUUUACAGUGGUUCCUUGUCAGCUUAAAGAGCACUUUGUUCAGUGGAGAAUAUGGAGUGAAGACCAAGUACAAAAUUCCUGUAGUUAUACUGAAUUCUGAAACAGAUCCAUGUGUUUUGACCUGUUGUUUGUUGUCUGUCUGGGUGCUGUUAGCCUCUUGCUGACCUGCAGCCAGUCUCAGCCCCAGAUCCUUCUACUAGUUCAUUGGCUUCUGUAUUUCUGAUUGCCCAGGUGGUAUGAACAAUUAAUUAAAGUUAAUGGUAAACUAAAUUAAAAAUAAAUACAGCUAAGAGAGUGUUAUUGUGAUUAUUAGGAUUAGGUGUUACUAUUCAAGUAUUAAAAAUUGAUGUGAGCCUGAAGAGUUUCUGGAGUUGCAUGGAGAGACUGGUUGCCAAGGGUUCUGAUGCUGAGUUGAAACCCUCUUUGUAACUUCUGCUCUGGCUUGUCCUGCCCUUUGAGAGAAAUUCAGGAUUUCUGCAUCCAUUUCCUCCUCUCAGCAGGAGUCCUUCAGGCAUCUGAAGAUGGCUUUCCUUCCUUCUCCAUGUCUUCUGGAGGCACACUCUUCCUUCUCAGAUGACUUGGUUUUGAGUUAUUUUAGUCUCUGCAUAUCUUCCAUUAUCCUGAAUCUGUUCCAAAGUGUUGCCCUCCAAACCAAGAGCAAGCCCAUGGACAUGCAUGAGUCUUGCCGUCUGAUAAGCAGGAUCCCCAUAGUGGGCGUCUUUAUAAGUGGAGGAGAGAAGCAGGUGAAUGGUGAGCUUCCAGCCAACAGCUAAGUAGGGGAGGUCUGGGCUGGGGGCAUCUAUGGGCCAGCCCCUCCUCACGGGGUCCGCCUCCUGUGGAUUUCCCAUUCCCCACCUCGUGUUCUGUUCUAUCUAGGUAGUAGGCAUGCUUGAUGUGCCGGAUGAAACCAGCACAGCCUGGGACGGAGCUCCUCCCCCUCUGUAGCUCAUGGCCCCGAGACCUGGCUUCCAGCUCUCCGUGCUUAUGGACGUGCUGAAAGUCUUCGUCGGGUCUCCAUGUGGACUCAACCUGCGUAAUACCCUGUGGCACGGCUUUGCCUCACCUCACGAGAUCCCCCCAAAAUACUGUUCAAUGAUGAUACUGUUGACCGUGGGAUUGGGUCAGCUGCUGAAGAGUUACUUGCAACAAACUAAACUUGUGUUGGCACACCGACCUUUCAUAGCUCUUACAAACCUUGAGGAUUUGGCCAUUUUCCCUGACGUUACUUCUGAGGUACUUUCAGUGUUAGAAGAAGUGAUGAAGAAAUCCACUUUCAUAUUAAAGGUCAUGUUGCCGUACUGGGAAGCUGCAUUAAUCGGGUUUAGGUCACACAGGUUUGCCGACUGUGCCAUGUUGUUACUGACACAGCUAGAGACGGGACUCAGGAGAGUCUUUGCCGCUGUUAACCAAUGUCCAAAAAGACUUCUGACCGCUGAGUCCACGGCUCUUUAUACCACCUUCGAUGAAAUAUUGGCAAAACACUUGGAUGAUGGUAAAAUCAAUCAGCUUCCUCUUUUCCUUGGAGAGCCUGCAAUGGAGUUUCUUUGGGAUUUCCUAAACCAUCAGGAGGGCCCCCGUAUAAGAGACCAUUUAAGCCAUGGGGAAAUCAACUUACCUGAAUUUCCGAAAGAGGCAGCAAACCAAUUGCUUGCAUUUUCCGUUGUACUUUUACUCAGAUUCACUGAUGAGGAUCUGUCAGCAGCCCUUAAGGAAAAAGCAGCGAUAAAAUCACUGGUUGGUCUUGCAGAGGGUUACCACGCCCACUUCCACCCAGUUUCUCAGCUUAAAAAACAGGUGCUGAGCUGUGAGAAGAGCAUCAGGGUUUGGCCCCUCCUGCCUUUGCCUGAAGAGGCCGAGGAGGCAGCCAGAUUAGAAGGUACUUCUGAAACACAGGCCUGCGAGGCUUUAAUCACAGAAAUCCUAAGAGCGCUGCCCCGCCACUUGCCCGAGAGCCGUGGUGUUGUCAGCGACUGGGACAGUCUUUCCGCCGAGAGGUGGCCCCAGGUGAUCCAGGAACUCUGCGGCACCCCUGUCCCAACUCUCUUCUGUCCCAGAACCGUUCUGGAAGUGCUCACUGUGCUCCGAAACAUCAGCACACACUGCGCCCGCGUGUCCAGCCAGGUCGCUGCCUCUGUGGAGCUGAGAUACCAGCAGUGGGUGGAAAGGAGGCUGCGCUCCCGGCAGAGGCAGACCUACCUGCACAUGCUCACUAGUAUUAAGCUUCUGUCUCCUGUGCUUUACCUGAUUUUAUUGCUGAUUGCCCUGGAAUUGGUCAACAUUCAUGUGGUUCAUGGAAAAAAUACUUAUGAAUAUCAACAGUAUCUGAAGUUCUUAAAGUCGAUCUUGCAGUACACGGAGAACCUGGUGACUUACACCAGCCAACAGAAGAACAAGUGGAAUGAAACGAUCAAUCUUACACAUACAGCUCUGUUGAAAAUUUGGACUUUCAGUGAGAAGAAACAGAUGUUAAUACAUUUAGCCAAGAAAUCCACAAGUAAAGGAGGCUUAUGAAAACCCUUAGAAGUCAAGAUGCUUUUGGCUACAUCUGAAAACUCAGCCUGAAUAGGCUUUACUAGCAUGGAAAUUGAAAAGUCAAAGGUAGAGUGGAUUGCAGGCUCUGAUUGAUCAGGGAUCAAGUUCCGUUUCUCUGCAGUUUUCUGAAUUGCUGUUUCCGCGUUUGUGUGAACCUCAGGCUGGGUACCUUCCUGGGACCAAAUGGCCGCAGCAUUUUGUCCACCAUGACACAGUGUCCAGGGGGAGCUUUAUACCCACACGUCACCCAGAAAACUCUUGAAAAUGGUCACUGUGGCCAGGUCAUCCGGCCCCCUGUCUUUACUGGCCAGACUGGGCAGGCUCCACUCCUGAGCUACCACUGGGGCACGGAGAAAGAACGUGGGCCAGUCCAGCCUCAUCCCUGGAGCGGAGAGCAAGGUUGGAUGAUCCAGAUCCUAUGGGACAGAGUUGGGGAGGAAGGUAUGGUGGGCAGACGGUGCCAGGCAGCAGGUUUGCCCGUCUGUGGCCAGGAGAGUAGGAGCCCUGGCACAUGUCUGGGUAGGAGGGUCUUGCGUAGGAGCGGGGAGAGCCGGAGGACUGAGGGUCAAGAGUGCAGUCGCUCCAGUCCUGCUCGGAGAGCUGCAGUCUGAUUUUCGAGGGCUCUCUCUGGGCCACUGCAGUUGUCUGGAGCAUCCAUCAUCCGGCAGCUUCACACCCGCUGUGAGGCCGUCCCCAGCCUCAGGUCUGCAUGUGCGCUAGGCCUCGCACAGUGACUCGUGGCCUCUCCACCGUCCCUACCUCCCAGGCAGGUUCUAGCCCAUGUUCUAAUACAAGGAACGGUGCCCACUCUGUGUGUUUCAGGCUUCUCUGCUGUCGGAGAGCAGUGCCGAGGAGAGACCUCAGAGGGAAGGGGUGGUGCUGUGGGAAGACAGACAUUCCAGCACAUUCCAUCCAUCCCUUUGCCAACUCAGCACCCACCACCCCUUUUAAACUAAACUCUGGUAAGGACAGAGAGCACCGAGCUUCUGCCCCUGUGAUGUGGCCGCCUCUGGUGCAGGUGUAGACCCCGGAGCCCCCGCGUCCGGGCUUCUGCCCCUGUGACAUGUUCUUUUCCAGCGGUCACACCCUCCCUUGGACAUACUCUAAUUUAAAAGAUAAUUUAUGGUAUUAGCCACUCUAAACCCUCCUGAUGUUAGAGCUCAAUGAAAAAGGGGAAAUAAAAGAAUAUUUACCAAGCACAUGAAGAGAUAGGUGGAACUCCUGUGCUUUUGCACCUGGUGAGCUGGCAGAUGUUGGUAUUAAAAAUUCCCUUUUCUAUAACUCAUUCCAUGUUACUCUGCCCUCAGUCACUCACUUCUGUUGGUGGUACCUCACCUGGUGGGUUGACCCAGACUUUAUUCCUGAGAGGUCUCCCUCCAAGACGUCUUCCUGGUUUGGGCAACUUGUUUUCCAUUGGUUCUGAUUGCUGGAAAUGGGAAUUCUAGGAGGUUCCCCAGAAGAUCUCUUAAAUUCCAGACACACAUCUGCCUGCCCCUGUCUGGCAGUAGGCCUGUCCCCAAGGGAGUGGGGAGCAGUGGCCUAAGCUGUGACAGUCAACCGGCUUUGCCUUUUGGCUCGUUGGCAUGAGGUGUCCAGUCCAGCCGGGUGGCCUCUCAGCCUGCAGAGGCCAAUGGGACACUUGUGUCCCUCUGUGGAGAUCUCCCUUAGGAACAGAUAUUCACACCAGCAGAGCCCCAAAUCCUGAGAUCUCGUGAACCGUCCCUGCGUCACAUGCUUUCUCCCGCUGUGUGUUCUGGUGUGGGAAAGACCACGUCGUCAGGUCCUGAGGGCAGUUCAGGGCACGAGGCACCGCCCCAAGCUGGCUUCCCAGUCGGAGCACCCCGCCAUGUUGCCCAGCUGGCUCUUGGGAGUGCGAAGCCUGUGCCACGGUGGGGAUAGUCCAGGACCUCGCUGCCGGACAACUGCGGGAGAUGGACCUCUUAGAAGCAGUGCUGUCAGAACCACGGCAGUGAGUAAGGCUUUCUGGGAGCCACUGACAGGCACGGAAAGGUCACGACGUCCACAGACGGGUCGUCAUGUCCCUGAACUCCAGGGGUGAGCGCCCACACGGGAGAUGGCAUCUGCGUGUUGCUCCUUCCGGGAGUUCUAGCCGCUUCCCCUUCCUCGGCCCUCAGCUGAGGUCCCACCUGCCACUGAUUUCCAGUGCUGUCCCUUCCGAGACCCUGACCGUCACUGCCCGCUUUCUUGGCGGCGCUCUCCAGGUAACAUGGACAAUGACAUGUGGUGCUAGAUCUGCGGCCCCCUGCCACACUGCUUUCAGGAUCACCCUUGGGGCUCUCGUGCCACUGGUUUUCACCGUUAGCUGGUACCAGCGUUAUUCUUGAGAAAUCAAGUAGAACUGUUUUACAGGCGGGGCGCCUGGGGGGCUCAGGCGGUGACGUGUCCGACUCUCGGUUUCGGCUCAGGUCGUGAUCUCAGGGCUGUGAGAUGGAGCCCUGUGUUGGGCCCUGUGCUCAGUGUGGAGUCUGCUUGAGA